GGUUGCUUCGAGCACUGCUCCAAAAAGCGGAUGCGUUUCGCAUAUGAAAUAAGAGACUAUCUUCUGUAUUGCCCGCUCUUCAGGCGCCAUUUUUACACAGGUUACUCGUAACGACACAGAAGGAGCUGCUCCAAGAGCCUCUUGGUGCUGGGUGGCAAGGGUUAAACGCGCCGUCUCUCUGCCAUUGGGCGGUGAGACUACGGAGAGCCAGCCAUCUGCAAGGAAAGCAGCUGUCGCCUUCACGCAAGAGACGUUAGACAUCAGUGAACGAAAACAGUGUGGAUUCACCCCAAGACCUGUUGAUAUUUUUCCAUAAACAAAAAGCGGAGCGCUAUUUGUAUGUUUGGAGAAGAAGAACGAGCUGCUGUCUACUGGCUUUAUUUAAACGGUGACAUUCCUGUGUUUCCCCUUAUUUAAAUGCUUGAUUUCACACAGCUGUCAGCAAUGAGUCUUCACAAAUUAAGCUGUACGGUCGGGCUCCAGCCGACGUUACACUUAACUCUUUAGUUGCAAGGAGCUCAACUAAAAUGAAACAGCUCGGAGAACCACUGGUUACAACGCCAAAUUCAUAGGGUAGUGUGCACAAAAAACAAAAUGGAUAAACCAUCCGCAGGAAUAAGUAAAGUUGGCUCUCGCUCGACAGCUUCUCUGCCCCCGGAUCCUGUGGACAUAAUCCGGAGUAUGUCGUGCUACCGGCGUGUCAAACUGAAUGUAGGGGGUCUGCCGCACGAGGUCCUGUGGAGAACCCUGGACCGACUACCGCGCACGCGACUGGGCAAGUUACGAGACUGCAAAACCCACGAAUCACUCAUGGACAUAUGCGACGACUACAACCUAGAGGACAACGAGUACUUUUUUGACCGCCACCCCGGGGCGUUCACUUCUAUACUGAACUUCUACCGCACUGGAAAGUUGCACAUGAUGGAGGAAAUGUGCGCCCUGUCCUUCAGCCAGGAGCUGGACUACUGGGGGGUGGAUGAGAUCUACCUGGAGUCCUGUUGCCAGGCGCGGUACCAUCAAAAGAAAGAACAGAUGAACGAGGAACUGAAACGGGAAGCUGAUACUCUGAAGGACCGGGAGGGUGAAGAAUUCGAUAAUACGUGUUGUUCAGAGAAAAGGAAGAAACUGUGGGACCUACUAGAGAAACCAGGCUCGUCUGUAGCAGCCAAGAUCUUGGCAAUCAUUUCUAUUCUAUUCAUCGUGCUCUCCACUAUCGCUUUGUCUCUUAACACCCUCCCAGAGCUGCAAGCGACAGACGAGUUUGGUCAGACAACUGAUAAUCCCCAGCUGGCCCAUGUGGAGGCGGUGUGCAUCGCUUGGUUCACCAUGGAAUAUCUUCUUCGCUUCCUUUCCUCACCAAACAAAUGGAAAUUUUUUAAAGGUCCCCUCAAUGUCAUCGACUUGCUGGCCAUCCUACCAUAUUAUGUCACCAUAUUCCUGACCGAGUCCAACAAGAGUGUGCUGCAAUUCCAGAAUGUGCGGCGGGUGGUGCAAAUCUUUCGAAUCAUGCGGAUUUUGCGCAUCCUCAAGUUGGCACGUCACUCCACAGGGUUGCAGUCACUGGGCUUCACGCUACGACGGAGUUACAAUGAGCUGGGUCUGCUUAUCCUCUUCUUAGCAAUGGGGAUCAUGAUAUUUUCGAGUCUAGUUUUCUUUGCUGAGAAGGACGAGGAUGACACCAAGUUCAAGAGCAUCCCUGCCUCCUUCUGGUGGGCCACUAUUACCAUGACCACUGUUGGAUAUGGGGACAUUUACCCCAAGACACUUUUGGGUAAGAUCGUUGGUGGACUCUGCUGCAUAGCUGGAGUGUUAGUCAUUGCCCUACCCAUUCCCAUCAUCGUCAACAACUUCUCUGAAUUCUACAAGGAGCAGAAACGGCAAGAGAAGGCCAUAAAGAGACGGGAGGCUCUAGAGCGAGCCAAACGCAAUGGCAGCAUAGUGUCCAUGAAUGUUAGAGAGGCAUUUUCCCGUGGAGCAGAGCUUCUGGAUGUGGUGGUCAUGGACAAAGGUGAGAGAACCCAGGACAACCAUCUCUCACCCAGUCGAUGGAAAUGGUCAUCCAAGCGGGCAGCUUCAGAGACCAGUUCUAAUCGCUCCUUCAAUCCAGACCAAGGUUCACCUAGCAAGGCGGGAGCUUCUAGUCCACAGAGGCUUAAUGCACAGAAACUAGAAGAGAUGUAUAACCAUAUGGCAAAGACUCAGUCACAGCCCAACCUGAACUCCAAAGACAGAGGUUCAUCCCGAGCAGGCCAUAGAAGGGAUGAAAUUGAGCUGGGAGCUUUGCCAGGUCAAGGAGGCGACCCAAUGAUUGGGGGUCGUGAAGGGGUGGUAGAUUUGAAAAGUCUGUCAAGCAUUGACAGUUAUAUCAGCUGUGCAACAGACUUCCAAGAGAACCCACGAUUCCCCUACAGUCCGGCAGGAGGUCUAUCCCUCCCAGAGAGCUCUCGGUUCUCCCACAGCCCUGGUUCUGGCCUCUCUGGGCGGGUCAGUGCUAAUCCAAGUCUGCAGACUACAUUGGAGCAUGAGACUAUGCUCAAACCACCAUGUUCUGGUUCUAGACCUCUCAACAGUGAGGGUUUGCGGCAACAAGGACUUCUCGGAAACUCUCAUAAAAUGCAUUCAGUUAGGGUGAAUCAUCGUAAUUGUGGGGAGGCCAGUCCAUCAGGUGGUCCUCUAUCUGACAGCUCUAUUCUUUCUGACCACUCCAUCAUAAGCCCCGAGGUGUCUGUCUAUACAACAGCCAGCAGCAGGACUCCACCUAAGACACCAGAGAGAAAAGCAUUCACCCCUGCAGUCUUCACUUUUCAUGAUGCAUCCAUCAGCAAGUACAUUGAUGCCGACACAGAUGACGAGGAGCACUUGCGCGAAGGUGGCCCAUCGGAGCGCCUGCUGGGUGGCCUGAGCUCCAAGCCUCGGCCCAGUGGUUACCAGGGCACCGUCAACCACUUGGAAGCUGCCCAAAGGCUGCUCGGUCAGAACUGCCUAUUCCCACUGAGAAGUAGCCCAAGUGUUGGCCAUGAGAACCAUGUGGCUUCAGAGAACUCACGAAAGCCUAAAGGGGACAGGGGACAUUCCAACGCAUUUGAUAAGGGCCUCUGAGUCCUCAGGGUCAUAAGUUGGACUCCAAAGGGAGUCCAAGAAGGGAAAGAAGGCCCAGUUCAGUCAAGGACUGACUAAUGUACAAUGGAGAAUCAUUUUACGGGCAUCUGACCAGGGGGCCUACCUUGGUGACUUUAUGCGGGAGAGUUCACUGGAAAACAGUGGUCAUCAUGUUACAUCAUUAAGGAACAUGAUCUUGAGGAUGUACUACUGCCUACACCUUUUGCUCUUUUUCCUCUUCUGUAAACAAGCCUGCAUCGAACGGCUAAGAUAAAGCCAGAGCCGGUCUGGUCUACAGUUGUUUGUGAAAAGAACAGAAUGUAUUCUAAAGCUUAAUUAGUUUUAGACUAAACACUUACCAGACAUUUAAAUGCAGAUGUGCAUUGUAAAUCAAGGGGGACAGUCCGUCACUGCCCACGUCAGCAAGUCACUGUCCAGAGCCCACCUUAAAGAUUAGCAUUAGAAACAUGUUAUACUCUGUUUACUAGUGCACCCUUCCCCUGUCCCCUAAUAAACUGGCCUUACUUAACUGCA